AUGCCUAUCUUUUGGGGUUGGUCAAAUCGUUGAUGUCUCACUUGCAACGUAACAUUCGCCGUGCACUGUACCCAAUAAAAACGUUGUUUACAAAUUUCGCCGGAUUCGCGGAACCAAGUCGCGGUGAGAGGGCACGACUCCAUUCAUUAAUUCAUUAGUAAUCGCUCGUUCAGCAGAAAAAGGCUGUCCUGACCCGAUGUGCAUUUCCAGAAAAUACUAGGGAUUUGCUUCGAGAGUGAAAGUGCAAUAAGAAUUUAAAUUUAAACAACAGAGUAGCAGCAGCGGAUCGGUGGCCGGGAAUACCGGCUUAUCAGUAACUCCCCGGUUGUUUACGUUUGUAAUCGAUCUUCCUACAAGCUGCCGCUGAGGAGCAGCAGAAAGUGAGAGCAGCCCGUUGGCAACACAGCGGAAGGUCAACUUUAGGCUACCUGACCCUUGGCUACUCGAUCGGGGAACGAGUCAAACGAGUGUUGCACGAAGAGAAAACGCGGCUCCACGUAGCAGCCCAGCAUACCUUGUCGCGCGCAUCCUUGAGUCGGCACCAAAGCAACCGUCGUGUAUCUCUUGUGUGGAGGUUGUGCGUCCUUCAACGACGAAGGCCGACGGUAGUGAGUCACGGCUGCGCCUAGAGUGAAAGCAUUCGGUCCCUGGUAAGCUGCGCCGUUGCGAUUACGAGCAAUGUAACAAGCAGUCAGUCGAAAUUGAUAGCCUCAACCGGUGAACAUCGCGAGUAGUGGCACCAGACCAGUGGCACACAAAAGUACUACAACAGAUCUGGUCCCCGUUAUCGGCGGAUAAAAUCGUGCGAAAAAAUGUGCAUUCUGUUUGUGUAUGUCGACGACGGUAGCCGGAGUGGACGGUAUCGACUGGUUCUCGCCUCGAAUCGGGAUGAAUUCUACGCACGGCCUGCUAAGACAGCCGCACCAUGGCAGGAGAACGAGCGGAUCAUCGGUGGGCGCGACAUGGAACCGGGUCGCGAAGGUGGAACCUGGCUUGCAAUUGGUAAUCAUCCCCCGGGGCGGAUCCGCCUCGGUGCCCUGCUGAACGUGACGGGCGAAACGAAAGCAAACGUUACCAAUGGCCGGGGUCCGAUCGUUGCCAACUAUCUCACGAGCAAUGGUGACAACACGGCACGAUACUACAGUGAACAACUGCUGGCCAACGAUAACUAUGGGGCGUUCAAUUUCGUAUCGAUCGACUUAGCGACGCUUGUCGAACCUGCUGCAAACUCCGGAGGUGAUCGUGCUGCACCGGAAUCGGAAGAUGGCAUUGGAACGGUUCUGCACACGAGUAACACACCACACAGCAUAGCGCCCUGUGCUCUGGGGAAAGCACUCGGAUUCGGCAACAGUACGCUCGAUAAGCCACUGCAAAAGGUUUGCCGUGGCCGGGAGCGGUUCGAGGAACUUGUGACCAACCGCAACGUACCGUUCGCUGAUACGGACGCGUUCGUGGACGAUCUGCUGGAUCUGUUGAAGAGUGAUGUACAACACUAUCCUGAUCCCGAGCUGACGCGUCGUGCCGGUCAACAUGCCGAGUACCUGUCCAGCGUAAACGUACGCGUACCUGGAGGACGCUAUGGUAGCCGUACACGGACAAUCAUUCUCAUAGAUCAUCAAAAUCACAUGGAGUUCAUCGAAGAGACGAUGGUGAAUAGUGAUCCGGAGAAUCCAGACUGGAAAACCACUCGGAUCGUACGUGACUUGUCCUAACACGCGAAUAACUAGGUUAGAUAAUAAUGGUUUUUAGAUUCAAUGACGCACCUGCACCACCAGUUUCCGGUUAGGUGUCUCGGUUUGGGGUACGGGUUUAAUAGUAUCGAGGUAGCUAACAAGUGGCCUUAAGCGAAUGACACACCAGCAGCCUUUUGAUGUAGUGUACAUAGUAGGAUGUGAGGGUUUUUAUUAAACAAUACAUUUCGCGAAGGGAUUAAUCAGCGUA